AGGAUCUCCAAACAUCGGAUAAGCGCAAAUUUUGAAUUUAUUUACACUUCCACAGCAUCAGAAUCUUCGCAGGUCCGUAUACCUCGAUUUGCGCCCCAAGAACAGCUCCCGUUUUCAAUGUAACUCGCUCUACCAAAAUGUCUGAUACCACGGCUGAAGACACUCGGCCGCGGGCGGGGCCUCCCAAUCCCGUUGAAGGCUUGACAUCGCCAACGAACAUCGCUUGGUACGGUCACGAGCCAGCUCUGAUAGCCCAACCUUCGACUUUCCUUCUUCCCCGAGGCCACAAUCGAGCGAUGCAGGACAAACCGUUGACCACGGUUGACAAGGACCAGCUAAGCGGGUUGACUGCGAUCAGGGACUUCCUCAAGAAACGAACCAGUUACGAUGUGCUCCCACUGUCCUUCCGAUUAAUCAUCCUCAACACCGAUCUCCUUGUCAAGAAGAGCUUGAAUAUCCUUCUUCAAAAUGGCAUUGUAUCUGCCCCUCUCUGGGAUUCCCACACAUCUACGUUCGCUGGUCUCCUGACCACCUCGGAUUAUAUCAACGUUGUGCAAUAUUACUGGCAGAAUCCAGAUGCUCUCAACCAGAUAGACCAAUUUCGCUUGAGCAGCUUGAGAGACAUCGAAAAGGCAAUCAACGUUCUACCACUCGAGACGUUGUCUGUCCAUCCUACUCGACCUCUGUACGAAGCAUGUCGUCAAAUGCUGAAGACUCGAGCUCGGCGUAUACCUCUGGUUGAUAUCGAUGAUGAAACUGGCCGCGAGAUGGUUGUCAGUGUGAUAACCCAGUACAGGCUGCUGAAGUUCAUUGCCGUCAAUGUUGUGGAAACGGAAAUGCUCAAGAAAAGUGUCUCAGAAAUCGGUCUCGGGACGUACGGCGACUUGCAGACGGCAAGCAUGGAUACCUCAGUGAUCGACGUCAUACACAUGAUGGUAAAAUACAGCAUUUCAAGUGUCCCUAUUGUGGACGAGGAGAGGAGGGUUUUAAAUGUUUUCGAAGCAGUCGACGUGAUAGCGAUCAUUAAAGGCGGUGCUUACGAUGAGCUCACCACCAGCGUAGGCGAGGCUUUGUCGAAGAGGGCCGAAGAUUUUGCAGGAAUUUACACGUGCAGCGAGGAAGAUAGACUAGAUUCAAUUUUCGAUACCAUUCGGAAAUCUAGAGUACAUCGGCUGGUGGUAAUUGACGACGAGAAUCGUCUGAGGGGAGUUAUUUCUCUAUCAGAUAUCUUGAAGUACGUCCUUCUACAUGGCGAGACGGACGACUAGGCACAAAUGGAAUGGAUCUUGACGGAUAUCUGGGGUACGGGGCGUUGCAUAGCGAAAUGGCGUAAGGAACGAGACUCGAGCAAUAUUGUGCUGCGAGGUCAUUAGAUCUCAUUGGUCCUCGUCGAUAAUACCACUGUUGUUGUUUUCAACUCCUUGUCUCUUAAUUUGAUUUUUGCAUUGCGAUACCUUUCUACAGAAACACGAAAGACUUUAAUCGUAAUGGCUGUUGUCUGCCCGCAAGUCUCGUUCUGUUCGACCUUCCAAGACUCCAAAUUAAGCAGGUACGUUCGAGCACUUGCCUUUGUUUACAAAAACAGAACCAAAACUCGUCGAGAUACGCUCCAAAAAGAAAUAUUGUAACCAGGUUUACACG